AUGACUUCCGAUGCACCUAAGCCGCCAACUCACGUGACCUUCAAGACGACUGUGGGCGACUUUACCGUGGAGCUGUACUCGGAACACGCCCCUAAAACCUGCUGGAACAUUGCAGAGUUGGCGCGACGCGGCUACUACAACAAUACCAUAUUCCACCGCAUUAUCAAAGACUUCAUGAUUCAAGGAGGAGAUCCCACGGGCACGGGGAGAGGUGGAGAGUCUAUUUACGGAGGCAAAUUCGAUGAUGAGAUUACAAAGGAGCUAAAACACACUGGAGCUGGCGUGCUAUCGAUGGCGAAUUCUGGGCCAAACACGAACGGCAGCCAGUUUUUCAUCACGCUGGCACCGACGCCUUGGCUAGAUGGCAAGCAUACGGUGUUUGGUCGGAUCUCGUCGGGAAUGAAGGUGAUCAAGCGCAUGGGCAUGGUACCUACAAGUGCUGACGACAGGCCCCGCGAAGAAAUCCGCGUCAAAAGUGCGUUCCCGCUCUCCCUAUAG